AUGGAGGAAAUAAAGAGCCCCCAGGAAUUGUACGAAAUAGCACAUCGGUUCGACUGGAACCCGAAAGUCGAGUUCAGGUUUUGGGUGACUGCUGCCAACAGGCUUUACCAUGAGGGCCUGGCAUAUUUCCAAGAUGGCGAUCUCGCGCAGGCUUACAUUUGCUUGCUUCGGUAUUCCGCGCUUGUCGUGAAAUGGCUACCAGACCAUCCAGAGGCGAAACGAUCAGAAUCCCGGUCGGCUUAUAAGCCGCUAUUGAAGCGCACACAAAAAGUUCUAAGCAUUCUUGAAGGGUUGCGCGCUGAGCUUAACGAGACCUACAAGCGUUAUCAGCAAUCUGCCGACAAACGUCGUGCUGCGCUCAGACAUUCCCUUUAUGGCUCUAUAUCGUCGACAUAUGGGCGUCAUGCUGCCAAUGACCCCACAUUGGCAUGGAGUUAUGCUUCUGAGGCAGAAGUCUUAGAUGCAGGGGCAUAUCAAGAUUUGGCAGUUGAUCUGGCGAAACGGGAAAUGCGCCGCCGCCGAGAUAGGGACGAGGACAGGCAGCGUCGAGUUGCGGGAUACUGGGCUGACUGGAAGCAAGAACUGGAUAGGAGAAGAGAAGAAGAGCGAGGAGUACAGCUUGAGAGGCAAGAAGAGCUGUUGAGCAGAGGAGAAGCGAAGAGAGACGCCAGCCGUUACAUGGAUGAUGAUGACUGGCGUCAGCAAAUGAAGGAAGCUCGGCGCCAAUUGGACCAGGCUCACGAUACCGCGGCAUUCAUAGAUCACUACUCUUACCAAACCACCACAUACAAUUACCCCGCGAUCAGCAAGAGCUCCGCGGUCCGAUAUGAGAAGCCAUCAAUUUCUCAGAGGGAAGAGGCCUCGAGGCCUCUUCCCCCUCGCCCGCCCAAGGAACUCCCUCUAAUACAACCUCUUGCCUCACCCCCGCCUCCUCCUGACAAAACACCCUUGGAGCUCGGGAGCCCCCCUCCAUACAGUUCUUCUGUUCACGACGAAGAGGCACCACCGCUUCCUCCAAAAGCACUGGCUCCGCCACCAGCUGAGAACAAGAGAGUGACAUUCAGACCAGCCGCAUACCUCGAAAACGGUCAACCCCUUCGUCCUGUCUUUCUACCCAGCUCCUUGCGCCGUCGUUUCCUCGAUAUGGCCGCGGAGAACACCCGCAAGAACCUGGAGAUGUGUGGCAUCCUCUGUGGUACAACCGUUAACAACGCGCUCUUCAUCUCACACCUGGUGAUCCCCGAGCAAGAGUGCACGCCCAACACGUGCGAGACGGUCAACGAGCAGAGCUUGUUUGAUUACUGUGACGAGCAUGAGCUUAUCGUGAUUGGUUGGAUCCAUACCCAUCCGACGCAGACUUGCUUCAUGAGCUCGCGGGACUUGCACACGCAUUCAGGAUAUCAGGUCAUGAUGCCUGAGAGCAUCGCUAUUGUUUGCGCGCCGAGUUAUGAUGAGUAA